AAUAACUGUAAAAAUUGAAAACUUUCGUAACCUGGCAAAUUUUGUAAAAUGAACAUGGUAAUUAGGGGCGUGGCCACAAAAACAGGCGUGGUCAAACACAAUUUUGCCAUGUUACAUGCGCCAACUUUUUUGUCCCUCUUUUUAUUUCCAAAAUGUUGGGAGGUAUGCAUAUGUCUAAGUAUCGGCUAUGAGCAAACCUAGAAAAUAGCUGCUUCUAUACCAGUAUGUAGCUCAUCUAGCUGGGGUAUAUCUUGCUUGUGAGCUUAACCCUGUCCCCUGACAUCAUGAAUCAGAAAUGAAUAUAGUGUAUAUGAGGAGCACUGCUGCCCUGCAGAACUGGGGUUGAAGGCUCAAUUCCAUCCAGAAAAUGAUCUGCAACCCCCUGUUCUAGACUUCUAACCUCAACCUGGGUAAACCAAUCAGUUUAUACCUAUACCACUUUUAUAUUUCCCAUUCCCUGUAUUUGUAGGUUUUCUGCCAUUGAUGCUUUUAACUGUGCUUCUGAUUGGGGCUCCUAGUGGGCGGGACUGUUACUGUUGGCAACCCCAGCUUUUCACUGUGAGCAGUGAGAGUUGGGAGAUUGGGAGAGACAGAUCAGCUAGUGAUUUAGUUUUCAGGAGAUUUUUCAGUGACCCAGGCAGCCAUUUAUUGGAGUAAGUUAAGGGUAUAUCAUGUGGGGCAAUCUUAUUAAUAUUCCAUUAACACAGCUAUCUAAAUUAAUAGGUUUCCAUCCACUGCUUGUUUUAACUGUCCCUCUGAGUUCUUAACCAAUAAUCUGCUUGGGGCUCCUAGUGGGCGGGACUGUUACUAUUAGCAACCUCAGCAUUUCACUUCCUGAGGAUCAGACAUCAGUGACAGUUUGGAGAUUUGGAGAGACAGAGCAGCUAGUGAUUUAGAGAGAGAGAGUUUGCAGGAGAUUUUUCAGUGACCCAGGCAGCUAUUUAUUGGAGAGAGCCAACCUUGCUUGUAUAUAUUCCAUCUGUACAGGCUGUGCUGGUAAGUAGGAAUAGUGGGAGAGAAGGGGGCGAGGAGAGUGGGGGAGUGGUUUGUGGAGAGUAGAUAGUGUAGUGUAGAGAGUAGGUGAGUGGGGAGUAGGGAGUGGAGUGUAGAGAGUGGGGAGUUGAGAUGGCCCUCCAUAAGGUGGACAGGGUAGAGGACAUGGAUGUAGACGUAGUGGAUGAGGUGGAGGACAUGGAGGUGGAUGUAGUGGAUGAGAUAGAAGACACGGAGGUAGAGGAGAUAGUGGACAUUGAUUUUGUAACAUGGUUUCAUGGAUUAAAAUUGUUAGCAUGUAUUGUUGCCCUUCUUCUAAACCCCCCUUACCCAUGCAUCCUCCCUCACUGCCACCCCACAGCUUACCCUUGCUCUUACCCCUCCUCUCACCCACCUACCCCUAACUUUCACCACUCUCCUCUCACCCCUUAUACUUGCUCUCAGCCCUCCUCUUACCCCCCACCUCUUAUCCUUGCUCCCACCUUUUUACACCAACUCACCCCUUACCUUUGCUUUCACCAUCCUCCCCUGACCUCCCCACUCCUUACCCUCGCUCUCACACCUUCUCUCAAACCUGUACCUCUUUCCCUUGCUCUCUCACCCCCCCUUAGCCUGGUUCUCAUCUCCCUCCUCUCACGUCCCCCACCACUUACCCUCACUCUCACCCACUCCUCUCACCCCUCCACCCCUUUCCCUCACUUUCAACCGCCCGAUUCUUACCCCCCCUUUGCUUUCACCCCCUCCCCAUACUCUCUCUUUCACCCCCACCCCUUACCCUCGCUUUCACCCCCUCUCACCCCCUCCAAAUACCCUCUCUUUCACCCCUCCUCUAACCCACUACCCCUUACCCUCGCUUUCACUCCCCUACUUUUACCCCCUUUCCCUCGCUUUCACCCCUCCUCUCACCCUCCACCCCUUGCCCUGGCUUUCACCCCUCCACCCCUUACCCUCACUUUCUCCCCCCCUCCUCUCACCCCCACCCCUUACUCUUACUUUAACCCGUCUCCUCUCACCCCCUCACCUUACCCUUGCUUACACCCCCUACUCUCACCCCCAACCCUUACCCUCACUUUCACCACCUCCUCUCACCCCCACCCCUUACUCUUACUUUAACCCGUCUCCUCUCACCCUCUCACCUUACCCUUGCUUUCACCCCCUACUCUCACCCCCAACCCUUACCCUCACUUUAACACACCCUCCUCUCACCCCCCACCCCUUACCCUUGCUUUAACCCGAUCCUCUCACCCCCCCACCCCUUACCCUCACUUUCACCCCCCUCCUCUUACCCCCACCCCUUACCCUCGCUUGAACUCCCUCUUCUCACCCCCCACCCUCGCUUGAACUCCCUCUUCUUGCCCCUUACCCUUGCUUUCACCCACCCUCUUCUUACCCCCACCCCUUGCCCUCACUCUCACCCCCCCUUACCCUUGCACCCACCCCUACCCGCUUAUCAUGCACCCACAUUAGUACUCACAUAAGCACUCACACAUGCACAUACAUGCACCCUCCCUCUCAAACAUACAUAUAAAGCCAUGAUCCAGGGAGCAAUACCGAUUGCCAUUUGGAGUCAGGAAGGAAUUUUUCCCUUUAGUGCAGAUUGCCGAAGCACUCUAUGGUUUUUGCCUUCUUCUGGAUCAUCAGCUGUUAAGGAUGCCCGAACCCAAUUGACUUUUAAUUUGAAUAAAUCCUGUUCCCACGAACUGGUUUCCCCAUAAA